AUGGAUCGACCACCUGAUAAAAAGGUCGUGGAAAUGAAUGAAACUCCGAUUCCACCAUUACUUACACAACAAAAUUUUGAAAAAGAGCUUCAGAACUUGGCGAUACGAGCUCAACAACAGACUUGGGCUCACUGGGCUUUUCGGCAGGCGUGGAUUUUGUUACAAGCUGGUACCUUGUAUAUUCUUGCAGCAACAUACGCUAAUAUUUCUUUGCUCAGUCUCUCACCUGUAUAUGGCGGGAUUCCGUCCGCUCUAUGGCAUCCAAAAGGCACCUGGAUAUCUUGCUUUGUGGGAUGGUCGCUGAAUAAAUAUAUCGGGCAACUAUUGCCAUUAAAACCUCGACAGGCCUUGCCACUUAUCGCCGCCUACAUUCCAGUGAUGCAAUUUUUUCUAUGCAAAUAUAGCAGCAUAUUAGGCGUAUAUUAUGGGCCUCUAAUCGUCGAAAUGCUUACAUUCUUUCCGCUUUUGACCACGUCUGUGGCUGUCGCAGCCAGCCUCCUAGAUGGUUUAGAUAUGAGGUGGGACCUAUUACCCCUUUGGAUCUCGGAUUCUUUGCCCGGAAUAUUGUCAUUUUUAUUUUUGAAGACUAUGGAACUUUUUACGGAGGGCGAAAUUAAACGAACUAUUGGAGCAUCCUUUAUUCAAACCCGGCUAGGAUUUCAAAUUGCUCUGGCAGGCGCGUAUGCAGUAUUUUCACCCUCCAAAUUACUAUUACUUCUCCUUCCGGCCAUUAUACAUACCGCUAUAUUUAAUACUCAUGUUCCAUCUUCGUACGCGACCCAAACUCUAAGCACUUCACUGGCUGAAAAGGGAUGGACCCUACUUCAACGUCAAGAAUCUCUCACUGGCUAUCUCUCGGUCUUAGAAAAUAAUAGCAAAGGAUACCGCGUAUUGAGAUGUGAUCACAGCCUACUGGGCGGUGAAUGGAUACACAACUCUGAAGGUAAAGAUCUAGCUGAGCCAAUUUACGGUGUAUUUGUUAUGCUUGAAGCUGUAAGACUUGUAGAAGUAGAAAAAAUUGUUUCUGACUCGGAUGCCAGAGCUUUAGUUAUCGGUUUAGGGAUUGGAACUACACCCGCAGCGCUUAUAAAACACGGUAUCAAUACUACUGUUGUAGAAAUUGAUCCUGUUGUUGUCGAGUUCGCCAAUACGUACUUUCAUUUACCCCAGACUUACCAAGCCAUCGUUGCUGAUGCUGUUACUCACAUUGCCGCGCUGACGUUGACUAAUGAAAGAUAUGACUAUAUUGUGCAUGACGUGUUUACAGGGGGUGCCGAGCCGGUCCAACUUUUCACUGUCGAAUUUAUACAAAACCUAAAGACAAUUCUCAAGCCUGAAGGUGUAAUUGCAAUAAAUUACGCCGGUGAUUUUUCACUUCCUACUGCUCGAAUAAUUGUUAACACCAUUCGCACCGUGUUUACCUCUUGCCGCAUUUACCGAGAGUCUAAGGCCCCAAUCUCACAGGCCUCAAGUGCUCAGAGCGAUUUCACAAAUAUGGUCAUUUUUUGUAUAAAUAGUGCCAGCAAAGUACGCUUUCGUAAGCCUCAGGAAGCUGAUUUCCUAAACAGCCAGGCUCGUCGCCAAUUUCUACCACCGAAACACGAAGUUGAUUAUACAGCAUUAGUAGAGCAAAAAGGUGACAAUGGUAUUCUGCGACAGAACGAGACAGACAGGUUCCAAGCUUGGCAACAGCAAAGUUCUAUGGGUCAUUGGUCGCUUAUGCGAACUGUUUUACCACCCGAGAUUUGGGAAAAUUGGUGA